AUGCUGGUGCAGGUCGCACUCCUCUCUCCGCUGCUGCUGCUGCUGCACGCGCCGGCGCUGACCCAGGGCCAGUACGACCAGUGCCGGUCGCUCGUGAGCACGGACGACGGCGCCGUGUGGGAGCAGUACGCCUGCCAGCCCAAGGCGCAGACCAUGAAGGACUACAUGCGAAUCAGGGUGGAGCCGCCAGGCAUCACGUGUGGGAACCCUCCAGAGAGAUUCUGCACGCUGGAGAAUCCAUAUCUGUGCAGUGACGAAUGCGAUGCGUCAAAUCCAGACUUGGCCCAUCCUCCCCAGCUGAUGCAGGAUCGAGAGCGUGGUGGCCUUAUUACCUACUGGCAGACGGUCACGUGGAGCCGUUAUCCCGAGCCGCUGCUUGCCAACAUCACGUUGUCGUGGAACAAGAGCCUGGAGCUGACUGACGACAUCCAGAUCACCUUCGAGUACGGUCGGCCCACCAUCAUGGUACUGGAGAAGUCCCUGAACUACGGCCGCACGUGGCAGCCCUACCAGUACUACGCCGACGACUGCAUGGAGGCGUUCACCAUGCCGCCCAGACGUGUGCAGGACCUGACGGCGGCCAACGUCACACGGGUCAUCUGCACCGAGCUGUACUCCCGCUGGGUGGGCUCCAAGAACGACAAGGUGGUCCGCUUUGAGGUGCGGCCACGUUUUGCCAUCUUCGCCGGGCCCAGGUUGGUCAACAUGGAGGGCUUGUACACGCGCAUGGAGAGCAUGAAGGGCUUGCGCGACUUCUUCACCUUCACCGACCUGCGGCUGCGGCUGCUGAGGCCCGCGCUCGGCGGGACGUACGUGCAGAGGGACAACCUGCUCAAGUACUUCUACGCCAUCUCCAAUAUUGAGGUGCCAGCAAGGUGUAAGUGUAACCUGCACGCGGGGCAGUGUGUGUUUGUGGACGGUAAUCUGCAGUGUGUGUGUGAUCACAACACGACAGGUCAGGACUGCCAGCGCUGCAAAAAAGGCUUCAAAGCCAAGAGCUGGAAAGCAGGAUCCUACCUGCCAACUCCUAAUGGCUCCCCCAACAUAUGUGCUCAGGCUGGUACUUCCUCUGGUUCCAAGGAGGCCCCACCCACUGAACUACCCCUUACAGACCUUCAGCCAAUCACAGUCGCAGCCAUGGCCACCACAACUCAGCCUGAACCUGCUAUACCAGCCACAGCUGAAACCCCACCCCCUUCAUGUCCUCCCACUGAGCAGCCCUCUAUAGCCACACCCCCAGAGGAGGAGCUUAUUAUGGAGAGGGAAGAGGAUUCUGGGAAGUGGGAGGAGCCUUUUGGGAGAUAUGAAGAAACAGAAGAAAGAAUAACAGAAGAAGAGGGUGUUGAAGUGGAAAAGAGUGAGAGGGAUGAGAAAGAACCCGAAGAGAACCCAGUGUCUAAAGCUGGCAGGCCCACAAUGGAGAGGGGUGAGCAACUCUCUGAGAAAGAAGGAGAGGGAGAGGAGAAAGAGUCAGAGAUAGAAGGUAUGGAUUAG